CUGCUACACACGGCGCCUCCCACACUCUUUGUCACCGGACCGCCCGGUACAGGUAAAACUGUGGUGCUGCUGAUGAUGGGUAUAAAAUGGCUGCUUGAUGGUCACCACGUCUACGUUGUCAGUACCUGGUAUCGGAGUCGUGCAGCGAGUAUCAUGUUGUAUCACCUGUUGCUGCAGACAGUAAACAAACAACAGUCAGCAGGUGUGUCACCCGGUCAGCCUCACCUCCUCGAGUGUCAUCUAUACUCCGAUACUGGGGCGGAGAAGGCCGUCAACGACUUGUCACAGGAAGCAAGAGGAGGGUCGUUGUACGUCAUCGCUGAUGAAGCGUGCAUGUACCCAGAAUUCCGCACUGUGUGUGACAAGCUGCUGACACAAGUUCCUCUUCUCCAUCUUUGGGCGGCAAGUUGUUACCAUGGAGACGCACCUGCCGGCUGGCAAGUGGAACAUUUAACCAGACCCCUCCGCUCUCCACCGGCCGUCGUCAGGGAAGUUGCGCAGGACACGAAUUUUACUGAGGACCGUUAUGUCCUGCCGUACAGAGAGCGAGGUGUGGCCGACCACACAGACGGCCCGCCAGUCACACGACUGUAUCACAGUCAAGGUCACUCAGGUGACAGGUCAGUUGACUGUGUCACGUGCGGUCGUGAGUUGGCCAGGUUCCUACACAGUCUCCGUGUUGGUGUUACAGAGAAUGUCACGACAACAGCCACGACCGUCACCUCCACCAACUGCGGCACAACACCACCCUGCCUGCAGUGGAGAGACGUGCUGGUGUUGUGCUGGGAUUGCACUAGUGACGACUUGGGAAUGAUGGAGGGACUUCAAGAAGCGGGUAUCCCAGUGCAGCUGAUGAAGGAUGAUGACAUCGAGGAUGUGGCCACGGCCCGCAGUGACGUGGUGUGGAUGGCGGGUGGAAAUCUUGUUAGUGGUCUGGAGAGAAAAGUCGUCGUCUGUCUGGAGGAAGAUCCCCAAGCCCGGUUCUACUGCAUGUCCCGGUGUACGUCACAACUUGUGUUCGUCUGCUCUUAUCACAAACUGAAUGUCAUUUGACGUCAUCAUCUGAUGACGUUGUUCACAUGUUGUGUGUGACACAUUUAUACACAUUUAUUCACAACAGCUAGUGUAAGCAUCAACAUCACGCGGCAUACACACUGGGUCUUGUGAUAGUGACCAUCUCUUUUUGACACAGCUUCCCUGUGACCCCAUCUGACCCCAUGCCGUGAUGUAAAGCAUCCAGAGGGAGAGGAACCGGGAAUAGCAAAUUAAAGAGGAUUUAGAAAAUAUAACCAACCUCCCGACAACUGGAUGUGGUGUAAUAAAGUACAGUUACACUUUUUGUAAGGAUUUAAGUGUUCAAAGUAGUCAGAUGCACAGAUGCCGUGGACACAAAGAUUAAGACGUACACGGCCAGCAAGAUGGAGGAUGUGUGUGUAUCUUUGUGUGUGCUUGAUGUAACAGCGUGUACAAUAUUCAGCCUAAUGUGUUUAUUUUGCGUUUUUCAGUUUUAAAAUAAACAACGCAAGUUACAACGUGAGACCA